ACUGGUCGAAUUAUGUACACAGUACACAUAAUAACUCCGUCAACGCCGUAAAUUAUCGCCGGCUCUCCAUUUUGUAAACCCUGUCAACCCUCAAUUCCAAAAUCCUCUCUUCUCUUUGCUCAGUUGCAAUUCAUUCUCUUCGCCGUCUGAUUUUUUCGACCUCUCUUCGAACGUUUGCAAUGUCGGUGAAAACUGUUAAAGUUAGCAAUGUCUCCUUAGGAGCAUCAGAGUGGGAUAUCAAGGAAUUCUUUUCGUUCUCUGGUGAUAUUGAAUAUGUUGAGAUGCAAAGUGAUAUUGAACGAAGCCAAACUGCAUAUGUUACAUUCAAGGAUUCUCAGGGAGCUGACACUGCAGUUCUUCUUUCAAUUGGCUGAUUUCAUUUCCUUUCAAAUCUUUUCCUGCAAAUUCCUUUAUAAGGGCUCCAAAUUUCUGAUAUGGCAUAAACUCUACUUGAAGCAAAGAAAGAGAGUUUCUGUGGGAGCAACAAUAGUUGAUAUGUCUGUUACAGUGACUUUGGAUCCAGUUUACCAGCUUUCUCCUGGUGCUGCUACAGCGCCCCCGCCAACAGGAAAGAAAACUGCUGGUGAUUCAGAAUCUGCUUUUCAGAAAGCAGAAGAUGUUAGCAGCAUGCUCGCAAAAGGUUAUAUCUUAGGUAAAGAUGCUGUGGGCAAAGCAAAGUCUUUUGAUGAGAAGCACCAGUUGACUUCAAGUGCAAGUGCUAAAGUGGCCUCUUUAAACCAAAAAAUUGGUCUCACUGAGAAGAUAAGCAUUGGUACUUCCAUUGUUAAUGAGAAAGUCCGAGAAGUGGAUCAGAAACUCCAGGUUUCUGAAAAAGCAAAAUCAGCAUUUGCUGUAGUAGAGCAAAACGUUAGUAGCGCUGGAUCGGCCAUUACGAAAAACCGGUAUGUUCUCACUGGGGCUACUUGGGUAACAUGCGCUUUUAGUAAAGUUGCUAAAACAGCAGGGGAAGUGGGCCAGAAGACAAAAGAGAAAGUGGGAAUGACUGAGGAUGAGCAGAGACAGAAAAUGGUCACUGAUUUUGCACAGGUUCAUUUAUCUGAUUCUCCAAAAGCUUCUAAUUUCACGGAGCAUCAGUCUUCCAAGCCUGCUGCAGUACAAGGUUUAGUCCUUUGAGUUGAUGCCCCUGUAAGUAUCUUUGAGGACUUCCACUCCUCAUACUUCAUUUCAUUUUCAAUUCACUGGUUUAUGAAGAAAUAACAAGUGUAAAACAAUAUGUUCAAUAUGCAAUUUUAGAUGAUCUCAAUUUUGUUUUUGUACUUCGUCCUGUAACAAGAUUUGAUUGAUUUGUAUAUCGUUGAUAUUGUCAAGUAGAUAAAUUCAUUGUUAUGCCUUGAUGAA